AUGUUGGUGUCUGUUUGUUACUCAAACAUACACAGCAUCAAACUGACCAGGGAGAAUUUGGUUGAACUGGUCCAAAUGAAGGAACUCCAACACGACAACUUGCUCCCUUUCUUAGGCGCCUGCACAGAUGAUCAUAAAAUUUGUUACGUUGUGCAAUACUGCAGUAGAGGUUCUUUGCAGGACAUGCUGAGCGAUUACUCUAAAAAAUUGGACUGGUCGUUCAAAUUCUCGUUUGUGAUGGAUAUCGUGAAGGGCAUGACUCAUCUCCAGAAAUCAUUUUUUAAGUUUCACGAGAAACUGACAAGCAACGUGUGCAUGUUGGAUAACAGAUGGGUUGUCAAAAUAACCGGGUUCGGCUUAAAAAAGUUCAGAUUUUUGCCUAAAUGUGAUGAAACAACCGACGAUUAUUAUCGUGACCUUUUGUGGACUGCCCCUGAAAUUUUGAGGUCGAAUGACCAGCAGUCGAGUAGUCUAGCGGGCAAUGUGUUCAGCUUUGGGAUCAUCUGCCACGAGAUUGUGUUUAGAGAGUAUCCGUACCAAGAUGCUGGCUUGUCAGCAAAAGAUAUAAUCCAAAAAGUGAUGUGUGGUGGUGAUGAAAAAUUUCGUCCUGCAAUGUCGCCACACAAGUCGCCGAGUGUCAGUCCAUCCAUGCUGGAGUUGAUCCAACUGUGCUGGCAUGAGAACCCUGCCAACAGACCAACUUUUGAGAACAUCAGUAAAAUGCUACUCAAGUUCAACAAUAAGACCAAUGUGAACAUAGUAGAUAGCAUGCUUGAAAAACUGGAAAAGUAUGCAAAUAAUCUUGAGAAAAUUGUAGAGCAGAGAACUGAAGAACUCGUUGGCGAGAAGAAGAAAACAGAUUUGCUGCUACAGAGCAUGCUGCCUCCAUUCAUAGCAGAAGAAUUAAAGGCUGGUCGUAAAGUUGAACCGAAGUUAUAUAGGAGUGCCACGGUGUAUUUCUCAGACAUUGUAGAAUUUCCGAUAUUGUCAUCUGAAAGCACUCCCAUGCAAAUUGUGGAUCUGCUUAACGAUCUCUACGGAGCAUUUGAUGAUACAAUCUCAAGACACAAAGUUUAUAAGGUUGAGACGAUAGGAGACUCGUACAUGGUUGUAAGUGGUCUGCCUCAGGUAACAGAGCGCCAUGUCGUGGAAAUAUGCAACAUGGCAUUGGAUCUGCUGGGCAUCGUCAAGACCUUCAAGAUCAGACAUCGGCCUGAGAUGACACUCAUGUUGAGGAUUGGCAUUCAUUCGGGACCUUGUGCUGCUGGAAUAGUUGGUCAUACGAUGCCUCGUUACUGUCUGUUCGGCGACACGGUCAACACUGCUUCUAGGAUUGAGUCGACAGGUCAAGCCCUCAAAAUCCACUUGAGCAAACCAGCCCGAGAUCAACUCCUCCAGUUUCCUGGCUACGUCAUCGAGUUGAGAGGUCCCACUGAGUUGAAGGGUAAAGGUGAGAUGGUGACCUACUGGCUGGUUAGGAAAGAAGCAACAACUGAUGAGCUGGAAUGA